AUGGCCUCAUCCACCCGCCGCCGACCAAACGCCGCCGCAGCAGCAUCGCCCUCCUCACCACUCUCCGAAGCCUCCUCACCACUCGCAUCAGCCUCCUCUCCAUCACCAGAAACAUCCUCCACAACCGCAACCCCCCCAGCCCUAACAUCAACCCUCCGCGGCGCCGCUUACCUCCUCCUCCUCCAACUCACAUCCCGUCUCGGAACAUUCAUCCUCAACAACGCCAUCCAGCGUGUUAGCGCGAUACACACCGUCGGGCUUGCGAGUGAUUUGGAGCUGUUGAACGGGACGAUUCUGUUUUUGAGUAGGGAGAAUGUGAGGAUGGCUGUUUUGAGGAGUGGUGCGGAGGGAGAAGCUGGGGAAGGGAGGAGGGAAAGGGAGGAGGGUGGGAGAGGAGAGGCGCAUGGGAGUGGCCGAACGGUCACAUCAGAAGCCGAGUCCUCGACCGACAGCCUCCCCCUCCCCCCGCACCUCCGCCAAAAACUCAUCAACCUCUCCUACAUCCCCCUCCUCCUCGGUCUCUCCCUCACCCUGCUCGCCCAUCACUUCUCCCUCCCCUCAGAGGGCCCCUCCCCAUCCACCCACCCCCUCCUGCUCACCCUCUCCUCCCCCGCAACCCCCCUCUACCUCCUCGCCACCCUCCUGGAGCUCCUCAGCGAACCCUUCUACAUCCUCAUCCAAACCUCCCUCCUCUACGCCGUCCGCGCCAAGAUCGAGGGUGUCGCGCUGCUCGUCAAAUGCGUCGUCACGUUUGUGAUCACUUUCGUUGGGGGUGCGGGCAUUGGCGCGUUUGCGUGGGGACAGGUGGCGUAUGGCGGGGUGUUACUUGCAGGGUAUGCCGCGGCUGUUGCGGCACGAGCGGGGCGGGAACGCGGGCAUGUUUCCGGUCUCAUACAUAUCAUCACUCCCCGCCCACUCACCAACACAAGACCACACACCUACUUCGACGGCUACCUCCUCUCAGUCGCCUGGAGCUUCACGGCCAUGUCCGGGCUGAAAUACGUGUUGACGGAGGCGGAUCGGUUGGCGUUGUUGGGGAUGGGGGUCGGGUGGGAGGGGAAGGGCGGCUAUCGGGUUGUUUGUGAUUUGGGAUCGCUUGUUGCUAGGAUCCUGUUCCAGCCGAUCGAGGAGACAGCGAGGGCGUUCUUUUCGGCUACUUUGGCGAAGGAUGCGACGGGGGAUGCCACAACCCCCCAACACGAGAACGAAACCCAACGCCAGCAAAACCAAAAACAGAAAAAACAGGAAGCAAAACACUUACUCCUCACCCUCCUGCGCUUCCACAUCCACCUCGGCGCCUUCUUCAUCUUCCUCGCGCCCAACUACACCGACACGCUUAUGCGGUUACUCUACGGGCGUCGCUCCUCAUCGUCCUCGUCGGUGGCAUCAUCACCACCCACGGCGGCCUCACCACGCCUGUCCACGACGCCCGCGGACCUCCUGUCCCUCUACACCCUGUACAUCCCGCUCCUGGCGCUGAACGGGAUCCUGGAGGCGUUCGUGCAGGGGGUCGGGGAUAAGCGGGUGUUGAGGUGGGUCAGUGGCGGGUGGGUGGCCGGGACGGGGGUGUUUGGCGGUGUGGCGUGGGGCGUGAGGGGACUUCUGACUGCGCCCGCCACGGGGCAGUCGACCGCCGGGCGCGGGGGAGCGAGCACGAAUGGAGAUGCGGCGAGGAGAUGGGCCCCGACUUUCUGGCCCCUCCCGCAGAUGGACCCGUCGUCCGCGGCCCCCGUGGCCCUGAUCGUGGCGAAUAUGGCGGGGAUGGCGGUGCGCAUCGCGGUCGCGUGGCGCAUCGUCCGGCGCUUCUUUGCGGUGGCCGACAACGACGAUAACGAUACACCACCCCCCCGCCGAACCCCGAACCCGAACCCGAUAUCGGUCCGCUCGAUCCUACCGGCGAACAUCGCGACGGUGCUAGCUCUGGUCCUCAGCUGCGUCCUCACCCACCCAAGAUACGGGCUCAUGGCCCUCGUCACGUCGUCCUCCCCUGAUCCGGCAGAAUGGGGAUGGAACCUGCGAGCCGUGCAUGUGCUUGUUGGGGCGGUGUGUGCGGGUGGCGUGCUGGGGUGUAUGUAUGUGGGCGAGCGCGGGCGGCUGGUGAGGGAUGUGCGGGGGUUUUGGAGGGUUAGUCGCGGGAGGAAGAUGCAGUAA